AUCACAUGACCCCCCCCCCCCCCCCCCCCCCCCCCACACAUGUCAUGUUCAGGAGAACAGUACUGGUGAUGAAUGAGUGUAUUCAUAACACUGUUGUUGAUGUUUUCAUAACAUUGUUGUUGAUGUUUUCAUAAUAUUGUUGUUGAUGUGUUCAUAACGUUAUUGUUGAGGUGUGUGUAUCUAUGUAUGUGUACAUAUGUAUAUGUAUGUAUGUGUUCAUAUCUAUGUAUAUGUACACAGAGCGCAGGAGAACAGUACUAGUGAUGAUGAUGAUGAUGAUGAGGAUGAAGAGCGUGAUGAUGAUGAUGAUGAGGAUGAAGAGCGGUUCAGCAGCUCUUCAUGUCUGGUUCUCCCUCAGAUGCCUGUGACCUCACACUGGACCCCAACACGGCCCACAGAGAACUCUCUCUGUCUGAGGACAACAGGAAGGUGACGCUGGUUGAUGAGGACCAGUCGUAUCCGGAUCACCCAGACAGAUUUGACUCCAUGCUCCAGGUGUUGGGUAGAGAGGCUCUGACUGGCCGCUGUUACUGGGAGGUAGAGAGGGAAGGAGGGGUUUAUAUAGGAGUGACAUACAGAGGAAUCACAAGGAGAGGAUGGGCUGGUGACAGCCUGCUUGGACAGAACAACAAGUCCUGGAGUCUUGAUUGUUCUGAUGAUCGUUACUCUGCCCGGUACAACGGUACAGGGACAGCCCUCCCUCUCGCCCCCGCUGGCUCCACCAGAGUAGGAGUGUAUCUGGACCGGCCUGCUGGCUCUCUGUCCUUCUACAGAGUGUCCCCAGGUGGAGGAGGGUCCUCAGACACACUGACACACCUCCACACCUUCUGGUCCUCCUUCACCCAGGAGGACCUCCUCCCGGGGGUGGGGGUAUUGUGGGGGGGUCCUCAGCCUCUCUGUGUCAGUUGUAGAAAAACAAAACGGGCGCAGGACACCUCGCCAGGGCAUUAA